AUGAGCGACGCCAAAGACAACAUCGCCGGCGCAGAAGAGGCCAACGUACAUCCAGAUGCCCCGAUCAAGUUGGCUGCGGAGCAAUGGGCGGGUCUUAGGAGAGUUCCAGACAAACUCCCAACUGUCGCACUUCUGAUCUUGGUUGUUGAGCUCGGAGAGCGCUUCACUUACUUCGGUCUGAGCGGGCCGAUUCAGAAUUACAUCAACAACCCCUAUGAUCCAAAUUCUGAUCUUCCGGGAGCUCUCGGGCGAGGCCAAGCUGUGGCUACUGCGUUGGGCAACUUCUUUAAAUUCUGGGCAUAUGCAUCGACAGUCAUCGGGGCCGUUAUAGCAGACCAGUACCUUGGAAAGUUCAAGGCAAUCCUUGCUGCUUGCUCUGUCUACACCAUCGGCCUCAUCAUUCUCGUUGCAACUUCAACACCGCAAGCGAUCACCAGCGGGGCUGGUUUUGGUGGCCUCAUCGCCGCAAUGAUCACCAUCGGUCUUGGGACAGGCGGCAUCAAAGCCAACGUCACGCCCAUGUGCGCCGAACAAUACCAGAACUCUCAUCCUGUCGUGAGGACUCUGAAGUCUGGCGAAGAGGUUCUUGUGGAUCCUGAGCUGACUGUACAACGCUUGUUCAUGUGGUUCUACUGGGUCGUCAAUAUUGGCGCUCUGUCACCUCUGAUCACCGUAAACGUUGAGGCUCAUCACUCUUUCUGGUUGGCAUACCUGAUUCCACUCAUUGCAAUUCUCAUAUCCGCAGCCGUCUUCAUUUCCGGUCAGAAGAAAUACGUGAAGGUUCCACCCGAAGGAUCUGCGAUUGUGGAUGCUUUCCGAGUGACCAGCAUUGCUAUCAAAGAGAAAGGCUUUGAGAACGCCACCCCCUCGGCUCUCAGAGAGUCCGGUCACGAAAGCAAGCAUGCCAUUGCAAGAGAAGCCAAGUACACUGACGAAUAUGUCAUGGACGUUAUGAGGGGACUGAACAGUUGCAAGAUGUUCUUGUUCUUUCCCCUUUACUUCAUUUGUUGGAUCCAGAUUUGGAACAAUCUGAUUUCCCAGGCAGGCGAGAUGGCUCUACAUGGCACACCAAACGAUUUACUGCAGAAUCUGGACCCCAUCGCCCUGUGCAUCUUCAUUCCAUUUCUUGACAUCGUUGUGUAUCCCCUCUUCCGGAAGUAUCGCAUCAACUUCGAUCCGGUAACUCGAAUUUUCGUCGGAUUCCUUUUCGCAUCCGUCUCAAUGGUUUAUGCUAGUGUUCUGCAGCACUACAUAUACAAUUCAACCCCAAAAAGCAUUCACGUCUGGAUUCAGGCACCGGCGUACAUCCUGGUGGCGUUUUCAGAGGCGUUCAUCAUCGUUACUGGGCUGGAGCUAGCAUUCACCCAUGCACCGAAAAAGUGA